AUGGCCAGAAAACGCAAAGUCGAGUUGCCUCCAGAGAUCCCACUCGAAGGUGAUCCAGAGACGCUGGAUAACCCACCAGAGGCAGGAGAUGGUGGUAUCGAGAAAUCAGACAUUGCUUCUUCCGAAAGUGACGAUGAGUCUUCUUCAGAAGAGGAAGACGAGCCACGUCCUGGGCAAAAGCCUCGUGGCAAGAAAAAAAGACGUCCGAAGAAAAAGAAAAAGACCGGGCCCAAGCUAUACACGACUCUGAAGUAUGAAACCGGAACUGAUCAAAGUCUUUGUCCACUAUACACCAGCGCGGACUUUAUUGCGGAAUUGAUUCAGAAGUUGUUGGACGAAGGGUUUGCAGAAGUUUCGAAACGACUCAAGAGCAGACCAUUGCGUGUGGCCACCGCAUGUUCAGGAACGGAAGCACCUAUUUUGUUCCUGAACACACUUUCCGAAGGCCUCAAAAAUGCAGGACUGCCAUUUGAAAUUGAGCAUGUUUUUUCGUGCGAAAUUGAGCCAUAUAAGCAAACUUAUAUUCGGCGUAAUUUCCCAGGCGCAGUGAUUUUUCGAGACAUAACUGAAGCUCUUCGAUGGAAGGAUUAUCCCGAGCUGAAAGGGUUCAUGACCACGGCUUUCGGUGCAUUAAUUCCCCUUCCACCCCCUCAUACGAUUGACUUGAUCAUUGCCGGGACUUCCUGCACCAGUUACUCCACUCUCAAUAGCAAUCGCAGUAUGGAUUUGGAGCGCGAUCAAAACGAGUCUUCACGUACGUUCCGCGCCUAUGUCAAACUUAUCGAAUACCUCAAGCCAAAGAUCGGAAUCAACGAGAAUGUUGGAAGUGGUCCCUUUCCAGCUAUGGUCCAUAUGCUGAACACUCACGGAUACCUUGCUGGCUGGGCAAUUUUUGACAGCAAGUAUUUUGGCAUCCCGCAAACCCGGCAGCGGGGUUACGCCGUUGCUGUUCCUCAAUCUUCUUUGGAGGAAGUUGGCCUUGCAUCAAAGUACAGUGAUGCAAACGCAUGGAAAGCAGACUUUGAUUAUAUGAAACUAAAGUUCUCACGUCAUGCUAGCACUUCAAUUGAACAGUGGAUGGAGAAGUCGGAUUCGAAAACACUCAGAGCACAACACGAGCUUCAAGGCGAACCCCGUGCGGUUGUGAGUUGGGACACUUGCCAUGCGCGGCAUGAGGAUUAUCGUCAUGGACAAGGCCUGGGUACUGGUAAACCAAUGACCGAUUGGAGAAGUACAGGUAUCUUCAGGCAUCCCGAUCAUUGGAUCCGCGAUAUGAAAGGAUUUGUGGAGCGUGUUCAUGAUGCCACUGACGUGAGCCAUUUGCGUGGAGUCUCUAGAGGUUACGACGACCGUUACAUUAGUCGCAACAUUGAUCUCUCGCAAAACGUGUACGUACAGCAUGACAAUGUCAAGUGUGGUAUCAUGCCCUGCCUGACACCUUCCGGUUCAAUGUUCAACACUGCUCGUGGCAGCAAGAUCACUGGCGAAGAAGCUCUUCGUUUACAAGGAAUCGAUACUGCGGGUCUUGAACUUGGUGGUCUCACUCAACCGGAGCUUAGAAACUUUGCUGGUAAUGCGAUGACGACUACGGUUGUUGGAGCUGUAAUGGCAUUUGCGCUCCUUACAUUCGUUUCGGUCUUGACCCCCGGCGAAGAUGUUGAUACCGUGAUGCAAGAUGAAAUGCCGAAGACUUUUCGGGGUGAAGAAUUCUUGAUCGAUUCUCAGGAGAACAUUGCGGUUGUUCAACGGCCUUUGACUGUUGGGCAAUGUCUUCAUAUCGUCGAAACUUCUGCGAAAUUCUGCUACUGCGAAGCACAAACUGAUAUCUCACGUUCAACAAUUGUCAAGUGCAAGUAUUGCAGCCAUGUUUCGUGUUCUUCUUGUGGUGCCAAGCCGAGACAUGCUUACGAACCCUUGAGCGAGUAUGUUGGUCCUCGAGGUGUCAAAGGUACCAAACCCCGUGUUGAUCCUUCCACCAUUGAAUUUGAUAUUGCAAAUCGUCUGCCAAUGACAAUAUUGAUUUCGAAGCUGUUCACUUCUGAUGGAAAAAUGGCAUCGUUCCUUCAACACUUGGUCACCGACAAAGUCGAUGAAGCGCAAUGGGCUGGGCUACGCAUGUCUUACCUCAAGUGUCUUCAAUCAACGGUCAAGUUUCAAAAACCAGUUCGAUCCUUUGGUUGGCAUUUUACAUGGCUUGCAGACGAGGCUAGGUUGGAGUUAGUUCUCGACGACAAAAAAGUUCAAGCUACAUUGUAUGCUCUGCCAGACCAUACUGUGGCUGUUAACAGUCGUCUGAGGAAAUACCUUGCGAAAUUUCCUCUCGCAAAAACAGUCCCUCUUUACGCCUCUACCCAUAGCUCUCAAAAUAUGUUUGAUUUUACAUGGCAAUUUUGGCAACCAAAGUUUCGGGUCGUCGAGGCAAAGUUUAGGUAUGGAGGCGAACUCAUCCCUGUUUACCAUAAUUCCGUCGGCAUUCCCAAACAUAAGGAAGAUCUUGUAUGGUCACAGAUAUCGAUCCAGAUCCCAAAGGACGAGAUUUUCACCUUCGAGAAGAUCGUCGGUGUUUAUGAAUCGCAUGCAGAAUGCGGUCAGGCAUUUAACUCGAUGCACACGAAGAAAGGCACUUCUGGGACCGACUUCCCUAUGUACAUGUUCUUCGAUCAUGAAGGAGUCACUGGCAACUGGAAGAAGCAUACCUUCGUUUUUACUGACGAUCAAAUGCGCAUGGAAUGCGGCGUAUUCAGACAAAUCAUAGCUACGAUUGACUGCUCGUGGGAACAGCCGGUGUUACAAAAGCUCGGAGAUAGUUAUCACUUUGAAGGUACCAUCUUUGAGGAUCUUGCUGACUUACAAAAGGAAAUGACGGAGCUCGUUUCGAUCACCUCCUAUGGAAGUUGGACCACAUCGAGCAAAAUCGUCGGUCCUAUGGCAACUAAUUCGUUUGAUCAUUCUGCGACGGCUACUUAUCAAAGGCUCGACCUUUCAAGUCCACAGCUUAUGGAAGAGGCUGAUUGCAAAGUUCUGCUCACAGCAUUUUCUUGCAAAGCAUUGACGGAUGUCAUACCGCCACGUUGGCAGACCAAUUGCUGGACCAAAGUCACUAAGCGGAACGGUAUAGAUUUCUUCCGAGACUGUUAUCACUUACUAGCUCGCGGCUUAGUUCAUCCUAGUGCCACCGAGGCCAGUCCGCCGUGGAUUCCUGGCAGUGCCCAAGAGAAUGAUACAUGUCGUUGUCGCGUUUGCGCGCCUCUCAAGCCGGAUAUGUUAUGGCACCUGAAGAAAAAUGGCGUAAAGUAUCAGCAAACGCCCUUUGAGAAUCCAGAGGCAGCUGCGACGUUUGAGCACCUCACCACAAGUUCUCCAGCGGCAAUGGAGCAAUGGGUCCGGUUCACUCCAAUGGACCGUUAUUUUCAAUUCGAAUUCUAUUUCCUUGUGAACCCGACGGCUCUGAGCCAUAAAGCAGCUGCACUUCUUGAUGAGUUUCCACGGCCAAAUCAUCCUGUAAACUUGUCUUGGCGUUUCAUUCCUGGAGCUUCUAGGAUUACCAGAUUACCAGUUUCACAGUUUGUCUAUCGUGACACGCAAAAUUUAGGCAUGUCAGAUCAGCCAAGCAGAUUUGUCCCAGGCAUGAAGCUUCGAAAUGAGCAGCUCAAAACCUUAACAUGGAUGGUACAGCAAGAGAGAUUUCCACCGUCUUUUGUGGAGAGAGAAAUCGUUGAAACUCGCCAAGAUGAUUUGGCAUUCAGACUUGAAGGCCGAGCUUGUCGAUUGGUCAAACAUCGGGCCGGAUUGCUUGCUGCUUCUGUUGGAUACGGCAAGACGGUCAUGACAUUUGCUCUAAUGAGUAGGCAGUACCCUGUCGACCGCCUGUGGUCCGAAAAUCCCAACACCGAUGGUUUAAUUCAUGUCAAAGCAACACUGGUUUUGGUGCCGGCACAUUUGACUCUACAAUGGAGAAAUGAGGCAUGUAUAUUCCUUGAUUACAAGCGUGAGGGUGAUCCCCGACUCAUCGUUCUCUCCACUUAUCAACACGUCAAGGCCUUGACCGUCGACGAUGUUUUAAGAGCAGAGCUGGUAAUCUGUAGCUCCAGCCAAUUCGAUAAUGAGUCGUACCUAAAACUUGUGGCAAAGAACGCUGCAGUUGUUGAUUUGGCCAAGAAUUCAACUGACAGAGCGAAGGAAGCGUGGUAUCUCAAUGCUAAGGAAGAGAGGAAAGCAAAUUUGUUGCGUCUCCAGAAAGAACUUCCAAUGGAAGCGGAUGAGACCAACGAGGUAGAUGGCAAUCAAGGUGUAAAAAAAUUCACCAGCUUCAUGAAAGAAAAGUACAUGAAGGACUUCGCGGCGUCUGGAGCCAACCGGCCACACAUUCCCUCAAGGAGACUUAGAGGUGCAUAUCAUGAAGAAGAUGAUGCGAAUGCCAACAAAGGUGUUAAGGGCAAGGGUAAAGCCAAUAUCUCGGCUGGUGAAGAUGAUGCUGAAAAGUCUUUUGUUGGCCCAGAAUUUGAAACAAACUGCAUUCGGGGUCUCCUUGGAGUAACUUUGGGAGAUUUUUCCUGGCCUCGUAUUGUCACAGACGAAGUGAGCUACAACACUGGCAACCAUAUUGCGGUGAGUAUUCGCGAGUUGAAUGCUCAAGCUCGUUGGGCACUGUCAGCAACACCCAACAUUACUGAUCAUUUGUCGGCAUCAAGAGUUGCUCGGUGCCUUGGAAUCAACCUUGGUGUUGACGACCAGGAAACUAUUCGCAAGGACAAGAAUUUAACCAGUGCUGAGCGUUUCUUGUCUUAUGGACCUGACGCUUCGCCAUCCUGGCAUGCUGCAAGAAUUCAAAUUGCACAAGAAUUCUGCAACAUGUUCGUUCGCCAGGACACACGAAAAGGAAGUGGUCAAUUCAACCGCGUUCAUCGUUUUGUUCCUAUGCCGUUGGCUACAGCACAGUUGGCAUGCUACCUUACGAUCAAGUCGGACGUAAUCAACAAGUCCUAUAUGAUGCCAAAGACUGUGGAUACCAGAAGUUCAGUCCAAGAGGAGAUGAUGAAAGUUUAUGGCAAAGAGCAAGAUGGUCGCCUACGACUAACGAAGGCCGCCUCAUUCUUUCCUGAACAUGCCAAAAAGAAUACUAAUUACACACUCAAGACGUGCAGAGGCUUAAAAGCAUCUGCUCUUGGUGAAAUCAAGGUUGCAAAGGACUACGUUCGCAAGCAGAUGGAGCUUAUCAUCUACCUUUUGACAUUGCCUGAGGUCAGAGCCGAUCUGGACAUGGGGAUUCGAUAUUCUAACUGGAGAAACCAAAUUCUCGCCGGGCAACGUUACGCCGACCCCGACGCUCUUCGUGAUAUCAUCCAGGUUAUCAAUGCCGUGGAAAGUGCACCUCCCAAGACUCAUAAUGAACUUUAUUUCAUGGUUCCUUAUGCUCCUCGUGGUCGUCGCCUAUGGCCUUCUCCUACCUUAAAGAUCAUGCAUAAUGGUCGAAAAAUGCUUGGUCUUCUCGCCGAUUGCAGAAGAGCGCUCACCGAACUACACAAGACCGGAGUGGACCUUAUACACAGCAGACAAGAGUACCGUUACUACAAGGCUGUGUUAGAGAUCGACCGAGCUGGCAGCUUAUCACCUACCGGGUCGCUAGCAUGUCACAACUGCCCUCGCACUGCACCUUUGAGCGAGGCAGUUGUUCAAGGCAAUUGUGGUCAUAUCUUAUGCUCAGAAUGCAAUUUUCUUCUAGAUGAAGGUGUUUGUCCAGUCAAACCCUGUGGUGGAACAUCCUUGGACGACCAAAAGUACUUGGCAUUGUCCAUGUAUUCUUCAGCUGGCCAUGUUGACCCACAUGUCGACUCAGAGAUUUCCAAGUACAAAGCUGCUUUGCGAUCAUGUUCUAUAGACCCCUCUUGCCUGCCGAGAAGUUCAGAUUACGAUUUCUGGAGCAAACCAUCCGUUAAAGUCGACAAAAUUACCGCUGUUCGCACAAUCGUCUGGGACAAUGAUGACGGCUUUUGCAAAUUCCUUAUCUUCAGUCCCUUGCCGGAGUUCUUGAUGUUGGCCGAACAAAUCAUCACCGCCGAUGGUAUCCCCUGCUGCAACCUUACUGGUAAGAAGAGUGAGAUCGCUCAAAUUCUUGAGAAUUUCAAGAAUAACAUGGGCAUGAAAUACAAGGAAAAGCCGACCAGAACAAGAGCACCUCGUAUAAUUGCAACAGUGCCUGCAGCGCCUGCAGCACCAGUUCAAGCUGCACCGGUCGUCCAAGUUGUUCCAGUCUCUCAGGGUUCUCAAAAGAGAAAGAGAGCCGAUUCUGAAGACGUCACUGCAGCUGCUCCCGUCUCUAAAGCUGCUCGAGUUACCCCAGCAGAACAAGUGGAUGAUGACUCUGAUGAUUUGUAUGGUGUUAGUGAUAGGGAGACCGAAAGAGCUCGCGCGGCGGGAAAGCUCAACAAGGGCAAGGCUUCGGCUAGUGGUUCAGCUUCCACCAAUGUGCCAGAAGCUACAGCUCACCUCAACAGAAAGAGAGCAUCUCCUGAUCCAGCUGCUUCAGCUUCCUCGGUCACUUCAACCCCUGAUGACAACAUAAAGGAUGGUGAACAUGUCGAUCUUCCGGCGUUCCGUGCCGCAUGGUCAGCUGAGCGGGCUGCAAAGAACAAAGCGGACAAGGCGGACAAGAAGAACAAGAAGAAUAAGAAGGACAAAAAGGACAAUAAGCAAGCUCGGAAACAGAUUGAUGCGGCGGGGCUCAAUGAUAUGUAUUUGUCACAGAUUCCCAAGAGACUUCGCAGGGGAAAAAAGUCUGCAUCUUCGCCACUUUCAUCUCUUCGAGAGUUGCCUGAUGUUCCAAUUCUGUCGCCAUCCUCAAAUCCUGAAGAUUACAUGAUGACAAGUGGAUUAGGGUUCGCAGAUGUGAUUGAUGAAGAUGAUCAGUUGCUCUAUGAUCUAGUUUUUGAUGGAUUUCCCGGUGCAGUCUCCGAAUCAGGAUCUGAGGUAGUAUCUGAUUCAGAAUCCGAUGCAGUCUCCGAUGCUCCAGAUCUAACAACUCCUGCCUUUAUUGAGGCCCCUAUGGCUUCCUAUCCUGCGCUUGAUCCUUCUGAACUCGAGGAUGCCGAAGUGCCUAUUCCUGAAGCCUUCGCAGAUACCUCUUCCCCCGAUGAUGAAUCUGUGGAUUGGGCUCGCGUUGGCCAAGAGGCGCACGACCCUGAAUACUGGGAUAAUCCCGAUCCUACUGCUCGCGUCUUACUCCUCAACAUUGCCGAUGAGUCCGCCGCCGGUUCCAAUCUUACCGUUGCACAGCACGUUAUAUUCCUAUCUCCGUACUACGCCGAGAAGACAAAAUACAACGCCGCCAUGACUCAGGCCAUGGGUCGCGCACUUCGUGAAGGUCAGAAAGUAGGCAGCACGGUGUUUGUUCAUCAUCUACUUGUAAAGGACACUGUCGAGAUCGAUAUCGCUUGCGAGCUUAUGGACGACAGCUUUCCAGGGAAACUCAACGCAAUGCCUCUACUAUCCAAGUACAAAUCUAACAUCGGGCCUGCUUUCUUCCGCAAGUAA